UGUGUUGAUUUUGACCUUGGAAUGGAAAAUGGAGCAAUUCCAGACAAUAGAUUAACUGCUUCUACUGAACAAAGUGCCAACACACCUGCCAAGAAUAGUCGCCUGAACUACACAUCAGGAUCAUCAUGGUGUGCAGCAACAAGUGACACUAACCCAUAUCUACAGAUUGAUCUACAGAUGCUUCAUAUCAUCUGUGCUGUGUCCACUCAAGGGAAUUCUCAAGCAGAUCAGUGGGUAAAGACCUAUACUCUACAAUUAUCCACAGAUGGGAUAACUUGGACAAACUAUAAGGAAUUAGUUGGACAGGUUAAGGUUUUAGAGGGAAAUAAGGAUAGAAACUCAAAUGUCAAACAUGUUCUAUAUGGAGUGUUAACAAGAUAUUUGCGAUUUCUGCCACAAACACACCAGGGUGAGGUGUGCAUGAGAACAGAGGUGUUUGGGGUGCAGCAGAAGCCAACAUGUGAUUCACAGGCAAUUGGCUUGGCCAGCGGUGGUAGAAUUCCAGAUGACAGCUUCUCAGCCAGUUCA